UCACCUUUCUCGCCAGGAGCAUCACCUUUCUCGCCAGGAGCAUCACCUUUCUUGCCAGGAGCAUCACCAUCUUUCGUCAGCCUGCCAUAUUCAUUGCUACGCUUCAUUAUGGCCGACCAAACCUGGACUUGCUCCAAGUGUACACCAACACGAACCUGAUCAGUGUCGAGCUCAUUCCUUGAACUAUCAUGCGUCCACUUUCGCCAUCACCGUCCUCACAAAGGCUGGCUUAUCGAAACAGGCCACUGUCACGCAGAUUGAUGGUGUUUACCCUUGUCCUUUCUGCAGCGUUACAUUCAAGACCAAAGGAGGAUGCCGCAAACAUCUGGCCAACUUGACCUGUGCCCCUGAAGAGCAAGACAAUGACGAGCCUGGCCAACAACCACCAGUCAUCGCCAUGCCGAGCCACCAGUCCCUUCCAGUCCCAAUAACGGCCGACUCAACACCUCAGAUGCGAGAGUACAAUGAUGCGGUCCUGUACAGCUGCAAUCAGACACACGUCUCUGACGCGGAGAAGCAACGGACACUGGGCAUUGUCGAUGCACUCGAACUGAGGCCUUUCGCCAUGAAAGAUCCUGACGGGGCAGAGCAAAAUGGUCUAGCCCAUAUCUCGGUCAUUGUCAAGCUGUCCGCUGGUCAAGGUCAAGUCGCCUCAAAUAUGCCUCCACCCAAAAAAAGGAAGCAUGCCCAUCACGAUACCUGUCCCAUUUGCACUCCAACUCAAGCACCUGGACUGGAGCAUGUGUUGUCGACUUCGCCCUAUGCAGCAUUGAUACAGAGGCGAAAGUACAUCGAACUCGACAAUGGCGUUUGCGAGCUUUUCAACCGAGACUGGGAAUUUUCUCCCCAUCUCCGAUUUGCCUGCGCAAAGAUUCUUGCUGGAUGUCUCCUCCUCAACAACCAGAACGGUCAGGUCAUCAUUGCCAACACGAUUGAGGCUUAUGGCCGGACAAGACUAGUCGAUGCCCAUCGAGAGCCCUUCGUCGUACGCAAGGGUCAACCUGUUGCCAACUCUUUGCCGCCGUCGAUCAAAACGCCAUACAAGAACGUCUGGCCCACGACUGUUUCAGCACAGGACGGAGAACGACUGAUCAUUGGCACAUUAUCUUUCGAUGCCCUCGUCACUUCCUCGCUUCGUUUGGAUACAAGGAUGAACGCGUCUGUCGGUUGUGCCACACCAUCAUUUCUACUUUCCAGUACAAGUCAGUCACUGGCAACAAGGAUCUUCCUGGAUCAGGAAUCAUUGGACGAUGGUCUUCAGCUUGCCCAAGGAAAAGAUACAUGGUCCGUCUCGAGCAGUAACCUCAUGUGGCAGCUGCGGCAAACAAAAACAAAAUUCCACGACCCAUCUACCUACUACCUUUGCCGUGCCAGCAGUCCGUUUGCCAACAAGCACCCUUGUCAGCCAUAUACGAUAUUCACUUUGGUGGCGUUUGAUCAAGCUCACAACGGCGACGGAACAGUUUUGUCACGUCUCUUUCACACUCUCGCCAGUCGCGUCAUUCGAGAUGCAAGAGAAGCCGUGAUCGACAGACAGACAGUUGAGGAGCUUCGGAACCAAUGCACCGAUCAAACCAAUGCAUCCAAGGGUCUAGACAAGUUACUUUCACUCUUCUCUGGCACUCAAACCUCUAUUAAAAUCCUUGGCAACCUUCAUCUCAACAAUACCCUGCAGGUUUUGGCCCCACUCAUGUCAACGUAUAUCACCAAGGCUAAUGCCUCUGUUGUGGCCUUUGUCGAGAAAGAAUUCACGCCAAUUCCUUAGUAUAUUUACAUUCGGCAUGAGCUUCAUACUUCACAAUCAUAAAUAUCCUCUUCUUUUAUCUAAUGUUGCCUGCUUCAAUCACAGUACAUUAUGAUGUCUAGAAUAAAUCCUGAGUCAUGGCUUGCAAGAG